AUGCCAAUACUAUUUCGCGAAAUUAAAGAUCAUACGCUUAAACCGAACAAUAGUGGUAGGAUAAUAACUUUUAUCGAAACUUCUGCAAAGAAUAAUGAUGGAUCGCCCAUAAUUUUCGAAGCAAAUCAACAUGUUUCGAGGUCAAAUUCUUUAUUAAUGGAAUUACCGACGCAUCAUACAAUCACAACAAAUGAUAUUAAUAAAAAUAUUCUAAUUCCGUCUAUAACUACUUCUUUGAUCACGUCUUCUAAUACAAACUCGCAAAAUAAUAGUUACUAUGAAGAUGGCUGUCUGCCAGUGCCAAACAAAAAGAAAAACACGUCAUCAAGUGCUCCAACCUCACCAACUUCAUCAACCUCUCCAUCCCCAAAACGGCAUCCACCUGACUCUUUAUUGAUCAAUGAGAAUAAUAAUAUAGAAAAUAAAAAAGAGAAAAAAGCAUCGCGACAUAAAAGUUUUAUAAUUUCCACGCAACAGCACUUCGCAAAUAUGUUUCGUCGUCGUAAAAGAUCCUCAUCGUGUGGUCAGAUUUCUAUUAAUCUUGAACCUGUAAUAAUUGAUGACAGUUAUAUAAUGCAACAACUACAAGAACAAAAAUACUCGGAUCCUGAAGAAGAGUUUAGCGAUGAAAAUGAAGAUUGGGAUAUUCCCGAUUCAUUACGAGAAAUUGAUUUUGCUGAUGGAUUACAAAUAGUUGAAUAUGAUGGGAUAUUAAUAAACGAUAAUUCUCAAAUUUUUCCCAAAAUUGAAUUCGAUUCCCAUAAACCAAAUUCUUCUAUAUUACCAGAAUUUCCAAAUACUAUAGCCGACUCCAAGAACAACUCUAACCAUCUUGCUCUCCCCGUGACUUUGCCACUUCCUGUUUCAACUAUAAUGAUAAAUCAAGAGCAAAGUGUAUUACCAGAAGAGAUUUCCGAAACACAUGAGUCAUUUUUCGAUGAUUAG